AUGGGUCGACAGUUGCGCUUCUUCCCGGCGUUUGGCCUUGUCGCUGCUGUGGCAAUUGCAGGGGUUCAAGUAAACGCAGCGGCCUAUGUCCACGCGCACAAUGAACAGAAGCCAAUCUCAGGACAUGUAUCUGCGGCGAGUGGAAAUCCAUUGACGGCGGAAUUUGGGGAGUUUGUGCGGGAGCAGUUGGAGAAGUGGAAGGUUCCUGGUAUUUCGCUGGCGGUGAUUGACGGAGAUGAUGUGUAUGCCGAGGGCUAUGGAUAUGCGACAUUGCCGGAUAUCCCAGCUACGCCAGAGACUCUCUGGUACGGCGGCUCGACGACUAAAGCUCACGUAGCUGCUGCCCUCUCUGCGCUUAUCCACUUCCGCAACUACUCGGCCUUUUCACAGGGCUGGUCAACUCCCAUCUCGUCCAUCAUCCGCGACGACUUUGUCCUGCAGGAUGAGUGGGCGACGAACCACAUUACUCUGGACGAUGCAGUGAGCCACCGAACGGGCAUGGCUCGUCACGACGUUUCCUCUGUUAAGGAGAUUGAUGGAAGACCAGCGACUCCGAGGGACAUUGUGCGUAAUCUGCGCAAUCUCCCGUUGACUGCGGAGCCGCGGGUGGAGAUUCUUUACUGCAACUUGAUGUAUGUGACGCUCUCGUAUGUCAUUGAGACGGUCACGGGCAGGUGGCUUGGUGAUGUGCUUAAGGAGCUGAUCUGGGAGCCCCUGGGGAUGCGGUCGACGCAUUUCGACUUACAGAGUGCUCUGGAUGCCCCUGAGCACAUGGCUUCGGGAUACGCCUGGAUCCUGGAGAAGGAAGAGUAUGAGGAAAUCCCAUUCAUGACCUUGACAGAAGUCAGCGGAGCGGGAUCAGUCAUAUCCAACGUUCUCGACUAUGCCAAAUGGAUCAAAAGCUUGAUUCACCAGUCCGGACCUCUGUCUGCAGCCGUUCACAAGGAUAUCAGAGCGCCGAGAGUAUUCUGGCCGGGCGAGCCCCAAAACGGCUACGAUCUCGAGCUUUAUGGGCUUGGUUGGGUAAGGACUUUGCAUCAUGGCCAUGUAGUGUAUACGCAUAGUGGAGGGGUGCAUGCGUAUGGAGCUGAAGUUUACUGGUUUCCGGAGGCCAAGUAUGGAGUGGUAGUGCUUGGAAAUACCGCAAAGUGCCAUGUCGUGGAAGCCAUUGUUGGGUGGAAGCUCAUCGAUGAUAAGCUUGGCAUUCCUGACAAGGACCGCGUUGAUUUCGCCGCCAAGUUUAAGAAAGGUGAUGAACAAUUGGAUUGGCUGUACGAGAACGCGCUGGACAUCCUGUACCCUGAGAGACCAGAUCCCGGAUUGCCCCCUACAUUGCCUACGAGCGAACUGGUGGGCACAUACUACAAUCCCGGAUACGGCAACAUUACUCUCCGCGAGGAGGCUCACCCAGAUAAGCCGGGUGAGAAGAUUCUUACUGCUGAUCGUCCAGACUCAACUUGGGAGUACUCAAUGCACUUUCAUCAUGUCUCUGGCGAUCGUUGGAUCGUGUACAUAUCAGCGCCGGUAUUCCUCGGUCGCAAGUUCAAGGAAUUCGUGGCAGGGGAGUUCAAGAUAGGCGCGGAUGGAAAACCAUCGGCGAUUGAGAUUAUAUGGGAGAAUCGAUCGGAUCCCAUGUUCGAAGGAAAGGCGCAUUAUAAGCGAAUCGCGUAG